CAAAACAAUAGCAAGUAACCAACGAUUCAGUCAGCUUGGGAGUCAUGGCUAUGCGAUAAUCGCUACCUUAUACCAUACAGGUCAGACAUUUCUGUUCAAGGGCACUUCUCACCAUGCCGCGCCACCACCAUAUCCUUCGCCGUAACCACAACCAACCCGACACGUCCUCGCCAUCGGACCUUCAAUAUCAACAGCAACAGCAACAGCAACAGCAACAGCAACAGCAACCACCUCCAGCGCCCCAACGUAUCAACCGCGCCCGUCUCGGCCAGAGCCACCAUGAAACUCCCACCUCCCAGUUCCAGACUCCCCCCUCGCGCGGCUUUCCCAUCCCUCGGCUUCACCCAUCCUCGGGACCCAUAGACGACCCGACCCACCCGCUGCAUAGUCACCAGCAAGCCCAACAAGCCCAGCAGCAGCGCCAACAACACCCUGCCGCCGCCGCCGCCCAAGUCGCAUUGUUCUCUUUAUUCGGACGCGGGGUCCAUGGCCGGGGCCACGGGGAUCUGCGCCAUCGACACCCGCCGCACGAUCGGAUGGAACAGGACGAGGACGAGGACGAGGACGAGGAAGAGGACGAAGACAUCGAUGACUCGAUGCAGCAGCAUCGGUAUCCCUCGUCUCACCGUCAUCUCCGCCAUCGCCAUCAUCAUGGUGUAGGCGAGACCGGCCAUGAUUCGGAGGGAGAAGUGGACGAAGACGACGAGAGAUUAGGUCUUCAUGCCGCGCAUGACGGAGGGGGAUUAGGGGCCGAAGAGGAGGAAGAAGCGCUCGAAGAGGAAGAGGAAGAAGAGGAGGAGGAUGAUGAUGAUGAUAUGCUCGCGGAUCCGGAUGUUGAUGAUGGUGAUGAGGAGAUGUUAGGCGAGAGAGAUAAAUCCCCUACCCCUCUCCCCGCCAACCUCCGCGAGAUCUCCUCCCUCGCCUCGUGGACCGUCUCCACCCACAAACCGGGCUGCGGCGUCAGCGCCCUCCGCCACCCGUCUCCGACCCAGUACUGGCAGUCGGACGGCCCGCAACCCCACACCCUGACCCUGCACUUCUUCAAGCUCGUCGCCGUGGUGCGCAUCCGCGUGUACCUGGAUUUUGAGAUGGAUGAGAGUUAUACCCCGACCAAGAUGGUAUUUCUGGCCGGGAUGGGGGGGAAUGAUCUCGUGGAGUUCGCGACGUGGGAGGGUGAGGGUCCCUGCGGGUGGGUGGAUGUGGAGUUGGAAGGGGUUGGCGGGAGGAAUACUGGGUGGGGGGCCACUGGGAGGAGAGGAGCUACGAGUUAUGUAGGUAAGGGGAAGGCGAAAGGGAAAGGGAGGGAUGUGGGCCACGGGGACGAGGAUGAUGUGAUGAUGGAUCAGCAUGACACGGAGGAGAGCCUGUAUGAAGAUGCGAGGGCUUAUAGGAACGAGGAAGAGGAGGGCGAUGAUGAGGAAGAUGACGACGACGAGAACGAUCCGUACGCUGGGAACGUGCUCAAGGCCAUGGUCAUUCAGAUGAAGGUGACUGAGAAUCAUCAGAAUGGCAAGGAUACUCAUGUCCGUGGCUUCCAGGUCUUUGCACGCGAUGACGAGCGCAAGAGGUUGGCCAAUGCCCCGUCGGCGUCGGCGGAUGGCAGAGUGCGACGACACAGUGCGCGUCGCUCAUUGCGGGGAAGCACGCAUGAUGAGAUGGCCGAGGGAGCCGGUGGUGGAGGACGGGAACAUGCAGUUGCCGAAGCUGAGCGCGCUGUGACAGGAGUGGUGGCCAGUCUGGAGGAGCCGGAUUGGAUGGGCGAGCCGGUCAUUAGGUAGCUGGUAGACGGGCGUUCGAUUGCAUCGCAUUUGUAUCGGAGUUGGCCGGUAGAUACCCUUAUUCUGUCUAUUCGAAAGUGUUCUUUAUAACUG